CCGCCUGCCCCACCCCUGGGGAGCCCCUCCCGUCGGGCAGCGCCGCCUUUAUAAGCGGUUUCUCUGCCCGGGGGCGGCAGCGGCUGGUCGGUGGCAGCUCUGCUGGUGCGGGGGCGGCGAGCCCAGGAGCAAGCGACCGCGGCCGGAGCGCGCCGGCCACCGUCUGCACCGCCCUUCCGCCCGCUCUCUGGACGGCCGCAGCCCUGCGGGUCUCCGCUCCAGACCCACCCCCGCCCCACCCCGCGCGCCUCUGCCGCCUCUUCCAGAGACCCAGCUUGCUGAGCGGCCGCCACUGCCGCUGUCGCCGCCGCCGUCGCCACCGCGCCAGGUUUCGGCCGCGACCACCUUCCGUCCAGCGCCCCUCCGUCCCGAACCCGGGACCCCGGCUCCCCGCCAGCUCCGGCCCCGGCACCAUGUCGGAGAAGAGCGUGGAGGCAGCGGCCGAGUUGAGCGCCAAGGACCUGAAGGAAAAGAAAGAGAAGGUGGAGGAGAAGGCAAGCCGGAAAGAGCGAAAGAAAGAAGUGGUGGAGGAAGAGGAAAAUGGAGCUGAGGAGGAAGAAGAAGAAACUGCUGAGGAUGGAGAAGAGGAGGAUGAAGGAGAAGAAGAAGAUGAGGAAGAAGAAGAUGAUGAAGACGAAGGGCCCGCGCUGAAGAGAGCUGCUGAAGAGGAGGAUGAAGCUGAUCCCAAGCGGCAGAAGACAGAAAAUGGGGCAUCGGCAUGAGCCCCCUGCCAAUGGGCUGGGGUGGGAGGCCCAUCAGGACCUGGAGAUGGGGGCAGGAACAGCGAGUGCAGCCACUCUUCACCUGACUCCUUGCUCUGGGCCCUGCAUAGAGCUGCCACCCUUUCUCCCCAGCCUUCUCAUGUCCACCUCUCCACACCCUGCCCUUCCUCCUCACUCUGCCAUUGUUCCACCUCCUGCCCUGUUCAUCUGAGCUCCACAGCUGGUCCUUUUGCUCCCUUUCCCUCUUUCUCUCUUCCUCACUCUUUCCACCCCCCAACCCCCACCUCCACCACUUCCACCCCUCCUCUGUAAGCCUCUCCUUCCUAACCUCUGCAUUCUAGUCUUCUGUCCUGCCCAUUCCUACCCUGCCUGAUUCCUGGGUCUCCCUCAGAUCCCCUUCUCUCAGACAGCGCCAGGCCUGGGUGGGGCCAGGGUUGGGACCAAGCCCCACAGCUGCCGCCCUCUCCUCCCCUUUUUGUAUAAUUUAAUAAAGAAAUGGU